GCAUCAUUGUAGCCCUCGUUAAAAGCAUCAAGGAAUUCAAGUUGUUCGUCCAUUCGUUUGAACGGAUUUUUAUUGAAAAAUUUGGUUUACGACCGAACAGCGACCGAACCAAUUCGCUGUGUAAAGUGAAACGGAAACGAAAGCUAGAGCGGAUACAGGAAACAACACAUUGCAGCAGUAUUUGUUGACGGACGCAAAAAAAAAAAGAAAUCAAAGUUGCCGGAGAGUGGGAAUUUUAUGCGGCAAUUUGUUGGUUAGUUUGACACAUCAAUCUAUUAUUGGGGGGAUUCCAAAUGGCGUUGCAGCCAAUGGCGUCGUCCUCGUCAUCUGCCUCCAAUAAAAUCCAUACCUGGCAAGCAUUUCGUAACCAUUGGAUUUUAUGGAAAUUUUGUGGCUUACAUCCGCCAAAACGCAACUCCAGAUGGUUUAAUCCCUAUCUGAUUUAUGCCAUCGUCCUGAAUGUGACCACCACCCUAAUGUUUCCCAUCACCCUCAUUGUCGAUUUGAUACUUUCCCAGAAUCUAACGGAAUUAUGCGAAAAUCUCUAUGUGACAAUAACCGACGUGAUUUGCAGUCUUAAGUUUAUCAACAUUUUUACGGUACGUCACAAGCUGUUGGAGGUACGUUGGAUACUGGAGCGUUUGGAUGUGAGAGCCACGACGCCGGAACAACGGCAAGAGUUACGCCAUGGCAUUCAAACGUCACAUAAAUGGUUUAUGGCAUUCUUUCGCUUCUAUACGUGUGCUGUCAUCACCAGUCAAUUGGUGGUUUAUCUAUCCAAGGAACGGGUACUAAUGUAUCCGUCAUGGUUUCCCUGGGAUUGGAAGGCAUCGAAGCGUAAUUUCUUAUUCGCCCAUUGCUAUCAGGUCUAUACGGUGUCGGUGCAGACGGUGCAAAAUCUUGGCAGUGAUACCUACCCGCAGGCCUACAUUGUGGUAUUGAUUGCUCACAUUCGGGCAUUGGGGUUGCGCAUCAAGGCACUGGGGGAGGCGUUGUCAGCGACAGCAGCAGGAGACGUCUCAUCGCCAUCAUCGUCAUCUAAGAAACUUUCCGAUGAUGAAUUGUAUCGAGAAUUGGUCAAUUGUGUUAAGGAUCAUCAAAUUGUUCAUGAACUCUAUCUCACCAUUCAAGAGUGCAUAUCGAAGACGUGUCUAGCACAAUUUGUGGCCACCGGACUGGCCCAGUGUACCAUUGGGGUUUAUAUCAUUUAUGUCGGGUCGGAUUUUUCGCGACUUUUGAAUAGUUUUAUGUUUUUCGGAGCCAUAACAAUUGAAAUAUUAAUUCUUUGCUAUUUUGGCGAUUUGUAUUGUCGGGCCAAUGAUUUUCUAAUCGAUGCCAUUUACGAUUGCAAUUGGAUCGACAAGGAUGAACGUUUUAAAAAGGCAUUGCUGUUGUUGUUGCAACGUUCACAGCAGGCGGAUUGUUUGAAGGCAGGCAAUUUGAUACCGGUGCGAUUGCCAACGUUUGUGAAGAUUAUGAAAACUGCUUAUUCAGCUUUUACUGUAUUAAAUGAAGUUAAUUAAAUGACCAUCACCAUCUGCAGGAUGUAGCAAGGAUAUGGAACAAAUUGCAUAUUUGUUGCAGCAUAACUCGAUUUACAUGCAAAUAUAUAUAAAUGUAAUAACAACAAUUAUUGCGUGUCAUUAUUUGCAAUAAAAUCCAAAUAUUAA